AUGGCCGACACAAAGACUCCUGUCUCGGAUUCGCACGAUGCUCCUUCUAUCGCAGAUAAUGCCAUCGGCCAUGGUGCUGUGAUUGACAUGCAGCACUACAAGGACACCGUUCCGCUGUGGAAGCGAGUAUGGCAGCAUAGUCUGACACAGAUGAUGCUGUUGAGCAUCCAAGCAUUCUGUGGACCAGCAAUGGCUGAUGCAAUUACCGGCCUCGGUGGCGGUGGUCUUGCCUCUACUCGGGUGUCAAAUAUCUCGACCUCAAUUGGAUAUGCCACGCUGGCAGUCGUCUGCUGCAUCGGAGGUCCUCUUGUGAACAAAAUCGGCAUCAAGUGGGCUCUUAUUCUCGGCUCAAUGUCCUUCCCAAUCCAAGGCUCGGCAUACUACUGCAACAGCAAAUUUGGAAACGAAUGGUACCUCAUCCUGAGCGGUGCUAUCAGCGGUAUCGGGACUGCUUGCUGGUAUGUCGCUGAAGCUGGAGCCAUCAUGACGCUUGCCCCCUCCGGCGCCCGUGGGAAGUAUCUGGCUCUGUGGAUCGUUUCGCGAAAUCUUGGACAAUUGGUCGGCGGUGCAAUCAACCUAUCUAAGAACUUCGAAAAAGGCGUCAGUGGCGGAGUCACUUCCGAUACGUUUAUUGCCUUUGUGAUCAUUGAGUGUCUUGCGCUACCAUUCGCGCUAUUGAUCACACCCUUCGAACGCGUUGUCCGGUCUGACGGUACAAAGAUUGUCACUUCGGAAACUCUUUCCACCAAGAUGGAAUUCAAGUAUAUUGCAAAGACCCUGAGCUCGAAACUUAUUAUUCUUUCUGCGCCCUGGGCACUUUGGUCAUUUUUCUACGGUGGUACUUGGUCUACAUAUCUAGGAACUUAUUUCACCGUCCGUGCUCGCGCUCUCUCGUCGCUCAUCUCGCCUUUCUUUUGCAUCAUUGGCUGUUUCGGCCUCGGAUUCAUUCUCGACAUGAAGGGUUUCAGCCAGCGCCGUCGUGCCCAGAUCGGCCUCUACACUGUCAUCAUCCUCAAUGUCGGCGUCUAUAUCUGGUCCAUUAUUAUGCAGGUCAAGUUCAACCACAACAAGCCCGGCGCCAUCGAUUGGGACGAUGGACUGUACGCUUCGUCGUUCCUACCAUAUUUCUUCGUGCAGACGACCGGUCCGCUGUCCCAGUCGUAUAUGUAUUGGCUUUUGUCUUCCUUCGCCACCGACUCGCAGGAAAAUGUCCGCAAUGGUGCCGCAUUCAGAUGCAUUGAAGCUGUUGGCCAAGCUAUUGCCUAUGGCAUGAACACCCAGAUUAAAACUAAUCCUCUGAUUGGAUUCUGCGUGACGUUCGCCCUACUCGGAGCCUCUGUAAUCCCCAUGAUUCUGCUUGUCAACACGACACCGGACCGUAUCCCUGCAGAUUUAGUUGCCGAGGAGCAGAAUGCUGCUCUUGAGAAGAUUCGAGAUGUCUAA